AUGGAAGGCCCAUACAUGGACUACGUCGGCUCUCUCGUCCGGAAACGGUUCGUCCCGGUGGGCCCGCUCGUCGAAUUUCCCAACAAGAAAUCAUCCGACCGGCAUGGCUCGGAAAUCCUGUCUUGGCUAGACUCCAAGGAGAGAAAGUCGACCGUGUUUGUCUCCUUCGGGAGCAAGUACUUCCUAUCGAAGCGCGACAUGGACGAAAUCGCCCUCGGGCUCGAGCUCAGUGAGGUCAACUUCAUAUGGGUCGUCCGGUUCCCGAAAGACUCGGGGCUCAACGGGCACGCGCUCGUCCGGUCUCUUCUUGAAGGGUUUCUCGAGAGGACCCACCGGUCGGGCCGCGACAAGAUUGUCCAGGGGUGGGCCCCACAUGCCAAGGUUCUCUGCCACAAGAACGUCGGGGUGUUCAUGAGCCACUGCGGAUGGAACUCGGUUAUAGAGAGCGUGACGUUUGGGGUCCCAGUGGUGGCCUUGCCGAUGCACCUUGACCAGCCGGUCAACGCUCGGCUGGUGGAUAAUGCCGGAGUUGGAGUCGGAGUCGGAGUCGAGGUGCUCCGGGAGGCCGAUGGGAGGCUGCGCGGGGAGGUUCUGGCGGCGGCAGUCCGGCUGGUCGUGGUGGAGGAGGGCUUGCCGAGAAGAAGGAUGAGGAGAUUCAUGAGGUGGUUAGGGAGCUAA